AUGGAUCCAGACAGCGGUGCAGACACACAAAAAGCUGUGAGUUUGCAGUGGAAGAGCUUCAAGCUGGUUCAGGACCCGGCCACCAGACGGGUGGCGCAGAAGAUUUACAGAUACGAUGGUGUGCAUUUCAGCGUGCCUGACUCUGGAUUCCCCCCUGUGGGUGAACUGCGGGACCCGAGACCCCGCAGAUUAUGGUCAAGGUACACAGAGAUGGUCCUGCCAGUGCCAAAGUUUAAGCUGGAUGAGUUCUACGUGGGUCCGAUCCCCCUCAAAGAGGUGACCUUUGCCCGGCUGAACGACAACGUUAAGGAGCCGUUCUUGGCUGAGAUGUGUGCCAAGUUUGGGGAAGUGGAGGAGAUGGAGAUUCUGUUCCACCCAAAGACUAGGAAGCACCUGGGCCUUGCCCGGGUGCUUUUUACCAGCACACGAGGUGCCAAGGACACGGUCAAGCAGCUGCACAACACCUCUGUCAUGGGCAACAUUAUCCAUGCGCAGCUGGACAUCAAAGGUCAGCAAAGGCAGAAGUAUUAUGACCUAAUCGUAAAUGGCUCCUACACGCCCCAGACAGUCCCCCUGGGAGGCAAGGCCUUAGUGGACUGCCUGACGCCGCAGACUCCCACACAGCAACAGCCUGAUUCUGCGGAUAUCCGGCGGCGGCUCUCCAGCGAGUUGGCAAUGUUGGCGGCGGGCGUCCAACAAGCCCUCAAGUCAGGAAACGUCACCCCCGGUUCAGCGGACACUAGUUUUGGCGAGCCACGGCUGGACACGCCACCCUCCUCCUCCUCCCUAACGGGUGCCUACACUUCCGGCUCUUCAGCGUCCUCUCAGAGUGGGACGCCAUACAGCUCCAGAUCCGGGACGCCGUUCUCUCAGGAGUCCAGCUACUCCGGAGCCAGGCAUAGUGGCUACAACGCAGGCACUUUGGGAAGCGGUUACCCCCCUCAAGACAUGCUGCCUUCCUCCUCCUCUUCCUCUGCAGUGUCAUCCACUGUAGGUGGUGGAUUCAAAGUAUCGCGAUACUCCGAGGACAUUCACGAACUUUCCUCAUACCACCGAGGUCGUCCCGGGUAUCCCCCGGCCUCCUCUUUCCGUCCAAAUGAGCCGCCCUGUUACCCGCAAUACCCCAACGCAGGAGGACCCAGCCCUCACAUGGUGCACCACUCUGGAAUGCCCCCGCCGCCUCUAGGGUCACAGUAUGAACAGUCUCUCAUGCCUGAGCGGGACAGAGACUCAGGAGGGCGCUACGGGGCAAUGGUCGGUGCUUCAAGGCGAGCGUCAUACCAUCACCAACAGGAUGGUAACUCCUCCUCCAAGUACCAUUCCCAUCACUCGCACCACCACUCGGACCGCCGGGAUGAACGCAGCUACCGGCGGGACAGCGUGGGCUCGCGCUCGGGCGACCACGGGCACCAACGGCACCGCAACCACCACCACCACCACUCGCACAACCACCACAGCAGCCGCAGGAGGAGCAGCCACGAUCGUGACAGGGACCGCGACCGAGAGCGGGACGCCGACCACUCUGGCAACUCGGACCCCAGAUACAAUUCCAACUCGUACCGCUCUUCCUCGAACAGCAUGUCCCCGCCGCCUUCGUCGUACUCGGCGUAUUCCGCCUCCAAAGAUCCCGCUCCGCCUGCUCCUCAGGGAUUGGAUGCGUCUGCCCGUCUAGGGGGCAUGAGCCUUUCGGAGAGGGGCCCUGCACCCUCAGCGAGUGCUCCUCCACCACCACCUCCUCCGCCACCGCCGCCCCUACCGCCGGCGUCUGUUAUAGCCGCCGCUGUGGCCGAGACGCUAGAAGCGCCGGACUUCAAUCAGAGUAGUCCUACCCAAGUGGAGCAGUGGACCAAGCCGAAACGCCGUCCCAGCACGCCACCGGUCCCGCCAAAGACACCGCCACCUUUGUCCCCCUCCCACUCUUCCAUCGCUUCCUCAUCCACGUCCCCUUCUUCCACCUCCCUCUCCUUGAACCUUCCCGGCGCCAAUAGCUCUCCGCCCCGCCGUCAACCUGGGUCCGCCUCUCCUGAACCGGACUCCACCAAUGAAAGCUUACCGUUCGCUUACCACAGCAGCAGCUUGGACUCCCGCAUUGAGAUGCUACUGAAGGAGCAGAAGGCCAAGUUCUCCUUCCUCGCCUCCGAUGAGGAAGAUGAGGAGGAGAAGCAGAAAGGUGUGAGGUCAGAAGGUGUGACAAAAAGAGGGCGAGCUGCCGUUGGCGUGAGUGUGGGUGAGCAUAGGGCCACUAACCUGGCAAGCAACGGCGGGGACAAGGAGAGAAGCAAAGUGGAGCGUGACAGAGAUAGCCUCAGGAAACGGGAGAAAAGGACUGACGGUCGAAAGACACCCCCUGAGCCGCCGGCUACCAUGCCGUCCUCUUCCACAUACUCUCCUCACGUGCCACCACCCCAUGAACCCUUGCCACCAGUCGGCCCUGCCGGGACAGACGCAGUCCCGGAGAAGUCAACGCAGGACGGGAGCACUGACAGACAGAGCAGGACAGGAGCACACACGCCACCUUACAACGGGCAGAGUCAGGUAAUAUCCCCUCAUUCAUCAGGGGAAGACAUGGAGAUCUCAGAAGAGGAAGAGGGCGAGGUGUCCAUCACGACCGUAACCACACACCAGCCCUCCAUCACCUCCUGUUCCUCGCCGUCCUCCUCCCAGACCGCCAUGCCGUCACAGACAGCAGCAGAACCGUCGUCAUCACCCCCGCCCAUUUCCGAGUCAGCGCAGCACUUUGGCACCUCCAUACACCCGCCUAUUCCCUCCUACCCACCCCACCUGCCGCCCCCACCUCCACCUGGCUACUCUUUGCAGCCGCCUCCACCUCCCGGGAUUCCGCCGCCUCCGCAUAUGGAGCUGCACCCCGAGUAUCCCCCACCCAUGCCGCACCACAUGUAUGACUAUGCCAGCUCUAUGGAGCUAAUGAACCAAUACACUGGUGGCGCACCCAUGUCCUUUCAGAUGCAAACGCACAUGCUCAGUCGCCUGCACCAGUUGCGCAUGUCGUCAUCUAGCGGUACGCCGGGCGAAGCCGCCACAGGAGACUACUCUGCCUACCAUCUGCACUCACUACCACCACCACCUCACCACCCCUAUAUGGAACAAGAGGGCAGCGGGGCGGCCACACACUACGAGCAGGAUCCUCGCUAUAUGCCCCCCCACAUGCCUCCCUAUCCUUAUACGGACCCACACAGUACCCAAAUACCGCCUCCUUCACACCUUCCGCCUCCGCACGCUGCGUGGCCGCCGCACAUCUUAGCUGCGCACUAUCCCUCCUACAUGCCACCGCCCGCUUAUGGUACUAUGCCACCUGGUGAGGGUGGUGAAUACCAGACCCCCGCUGAGGACGUACCCGUGGUGCCUGAAAAUCCCCAUGAAGUCACUGUGCAGAUGGCUUUAACUACACUCAUCCAGGAAAUGAAGAGCAUCAUGCAGAGGGACCUAAACCGCAAGAUGGUAGAGAACAUUGCUUUUGCAACCUUUGAUGAGUGGUGGGACAGGAAGGAGACCAAGGCAAAGCCAUUCCAGACAAUGUCUGCCUUACGUGAUGAGGAUAAAAAGGAGGAGAAGCUGAACCGUCCUCGUGAGCCCUUGACAUCUUUGGUUGACUGGGCCAAGAGUGGCGGCGUGGAAGGGUUCUCUCUGCGAGGAGCACUAAGACUGCCCUCCUUUAAGGUGAAGAGGAAAGAGCCUCAGGAACUCACUGAAGGAGACAUGAAAAGGCCACGACCGUCGACGCCACCGGACGAGGACGAUGAAGCUCCUGAUGAUAGAAUGCCAGAUGCUGGCAGAGCGGGACGGGAUAACAAGAGGAGGAAAAAGAAGCCCAGAAGUCGAAAACCUUGGGAGCUGGACAGCGAAGGCGAAGAGACUUCUGACGGCUCCUCCUCAGAAAAGGAUGAUGGUGAAUUGGAUGCAAGUGACAAGUCUGAUGAUGACGCUCUUAGCGCCGACAGUGACGACGAGAGCCUUUCUUCAUCAUCGGAGGGCUCUUCUUCCUCGCUGUCCUCAUCUUCAUCCUCCUCUGAGGACGAAGAGGAGGAAGGGGAAAGGCCAGACAGUGACGGGCCGGACACCAUGGAUGAGUCCACCAUGGACAGCACAGUGGAAAAAAACGAGCAGUAUGUGGAGAAGAUAUUUACAAAGGAAGAGCUCAAAACUGGCGACGCCAAAGAGAGCAAAUCGGGAUCUCCCACCAAGCGGCCGCCGUCUCCACCAUACCCUCGUCCUCCGUCCCCCGUCGUCCUGGUGCCCCCACUCAAAAAGCGCCGAAAGACUGUCUCAUUUUCCACAGAGGAGAACGACAGCAAAGAUCUGCCAUCUUUGCAGCCAUCCCUGUCUUCGCCUCCUUUGCAAGCUCUGAGCGAUGCUCCCCCCCUCUCGCCCGUCAGACCAAUAGACAAUCGUGCUGCCGCUGGCCCGCGUCCCACUCACGGCAUCCAACUUCUCCCCUUUGCUUCCAAACCGGGAGAAGGCAACGCUCUCAUUGUGCCCCCAUGUGGGCGCUCUCCAGAUUCAGAAGAGCCCAAAAGGACCCCAACUCAGACUAUUCCCACCAAAGCACCUGGAAAACGGGGCUCAGGCAAAGACUCCCCUAAAUCUUCCACCCCCACUGUCAUGGUGUGUCGCACUGUGCAGAACCUCCCUCUGGACCAUGCCUCCAUGUGUAGGAUGGCCUUUGAGGAGGCAUCUCCUGCAUCUACUCUCGGCAAGCGACCUCGGGGAAAGUCCCGGAGCGCCAUCAUUCCGACUUCUCUCCGAGAAGAAGACGAGGAUGAGGAGACGGAACAGAGGCUGAGGCUCCGGGAGCAGCUGGGAGCAUCCAGCUUACUACAGCUGGCGUCAGCGUCUGCCGCUGACUUGUCAGUGCUGGCUGACGUGGCCCUGAAGAUGGACCCAGAAGCGGGCGACUCGGAGGAGACCGAGACGUCAGAUGAGGCUGAAGAACAGAAAAUGGAAGGUGGACUCUUCUCCGAGGAAGCUUUGCUGCGUGUUAUGAGCUUGGAGAGCAUGUUGGUCUUCAUGGAGCACAACUACUGCAGACCGCCUGUCCUCGCGGCACAACCUGCCCCCAAGAAGAGCUUCUCUAAGCAGGAGUCCUCUGUCCUGCACCCGACUGACCUCAACACCAUUUCAGGGGUUCUUGAGGCACCUGAGGAGGUCAUCGGCGAGGCGCUUCCCUUGAGAGGCGAUACGGGAGAUUACUUGGGAUUGCUGUCUCAGGAGUCCAACCAGGCCUCGGCGACGCUUCUUCCAACCAAAAAGUCACUGGUGGGCAAAGCCUUGGAGCUUGAGAAGAGCAAAAAGAGGAAUAGUAAAGAUAAGGAAAACAUGGAGAUUAUUUCUACAAAGCCACAGAAAGAGAAGCCAGCCAUGAAACACAAGAAACGCAAACUAGAGGACUCGGAUGCAGAUGAGGAUGUGGAUGUAGAAGAACUGGAAUCCGGCGAGUUGACAAGCACCGAUUCCGAGGGCGAGUCCACGGUGGCGAUGGAGGACGUCAGAAAGAGCGAGCGCCUUUUCCUGCAGGAGGCUGGCGUCACGUACACCAAACCGGCGCCGAUCCCCGAGCCGCCACCGAUCAAGUAUGAGAACCGCAGCAAAUUUGAGCAGAUGACCAUCCUGUACGACAUCUGGAACUCAGGCUUGGACGGCGAAGACCUAAUGCUCCUCAAGACCACGUACGAGAAGCUUUUGCAGGAUGACCACAAUUCUGACUGGCUCAACGACACCCAUUGGGUGCAGCACACUGUGACCAACUUGCCCAACCCUCGGCGCAAGAAGAGGAACACGGACGGGCAGCUGCGUGAGCACGUGACAGGUUGCGCCAGAAGCGAAGGCUACUACGCCAUCAGCCGCAAGGAGAAGGAUGUCUACCUGGACUUGGACCUGCCUGAGCAGGUUAUACGCGAAGUGGAGAACGUUGACAGCUCGGGCACCAACCGCCUACUGUCGGAGCGACGCUCAGAGCAGCGGCGCCUCCUUACAGUCAUUGGCACGCCGGCAGUCAUGGACUCUGACCUGCUCAAGCUCAACCAGCUCAAGUUCCGCAAGAAGAAGCUUCGAUUCGGUCGCAGCAGGAUCCACGAGUGGGGCCUAUUCGCCAUGGAGGCCAUCGCUGCCGAUGAGAUGGUCAUCGAGUACGUGGGUCAGAACAUUCGACAGAUGGUGGCAGACAAUCGCGAGAAGCGCUACGCCCAGCAGGGCAUCGGCAGCAGCUACUUGUUCCGAGUGGACCAUGAUACCAUCAUCGACGCCACCAAAUGUGGAAACCUGGCGCGGUUUAUCAACCACUGCUGCACUCCCAACUGUUACGCCAAGGUGAUCACCAUCGAGUCCCAGAAAAAGAUCGUCAUCUACUCCAAGCAGGCCAUCGCCAUAAACGAAGAGAUCACGUACGACUACAAGUUCCCAUUGGAGGAGAACAAGAUCCCGUGCCUGUGCGGCACCGAGAACUGUCGUGGAACGCUUAACUAA